GGGUAUAAAGACAAGGAACCCCCUCAGAAGACACAACCAAGGGAGAAACUGGUCCCAGCGCUCCUGAAAACACCCGGCGGAGACUCAACCCAUGAGGCCAAGCUAACGGCUCUGUGACCAACACCAGACCUUCUCUUGUCAUUCCUUGGCUCCGCAGACCACCUCAUCAUGCCUCCUCAGCUCCAGUCCCAGAAGGACAGCAGCCUCAGGGUCCUGCAGGGCGACCUCAGCGCCCUCAGCCCGGCCGUCAGGGACUUCGUGGAGGCCCAUGUGGUUCUGUGCCAGCCCGACUCGCUCCACAUCUGCGACGGCUCCGAUGCGGAGAACCGAGCCAUCCUGACCCAGCUGGAGGAGCAGGGGAUGAUCAAGAAGCUCACCAAAUAUGAAAACUGCUGGUUGGCCCGGACGGACCCCAGAGACGUGGCUCGCGUGGAGAGUAAAACAGUGAUUGUGACCCGGGAGCAAAGGGACACGGUGCCCACGCCGCUGGGGGGGGCGCUCAGCCAGCUCGGCCGCUGGAUGUCGCCUGAAGAGUUUGACAAAGCCAUGUCCCAGCGGUUCCCCGGCUGCAUGAAAGGUCGCACCAUGUACGUGAUCCCCUUCAGCAUGGGCCCGGUGGGCUCGCCCCUCUCUAAGGUCGGCGUGGAGUUGACCGACUCUCCCUACGUGGUGGCCAGUAUGCGGGUGAUGACCCGCAUGGGGAAGGAGGUGCUGUCCGCUCUGGGAAACGGCGAGUUCGUGCGCUGCCUCCACUCCGUGGGCUGUCCGCUGCCCGUUAGAAAGCCCCUGGUUAACAACUGGCCCUGUAACCCAGAGCAAACACUCAUCGCCCACAUCCCCGAGCGCAGGCAGAUCGUCUCCUUCGGCAGUGGUUACGGAGGAAACUCCCUGCUGGGAAAGAAGUGCUUCGCGCUGCGCAUUGCCUCACGCAUCGCCAAGGAGGAGGGCUGGCUGGCCGAGCACAUGCUGAUCCUGGGAAUCACCAGCCCUGCAGGGCAGAAGAAGUACAUGGCGGCGGCGUUCCCCAGCGCCUGCGGAAAGACCAACCUGGCCAUGCUGUGCCCCACGCUGCCAGGCUGGAAGGUCCAGUGUGUUGGAGAUGACAUUGCCUGGAUGAAGUUUGAUGAGCAAGGUCAUCUGCGCGCCAUCAACCCAGAGAACGGCUUCUUUGGUGUCGCACCAGGCACCUCGGCCAAAACCAACCCCAACGCCAUGGCGACCAUCGUCAGGGACACCAUCUUCACCAACGUCGCAGAGACCAGCGAUGGUGGCGUGUACUGGGAGGGAAUGGACCAGUCACUGCCGGAGGGAGUGACCAUCACCUCCUGGAAGAACAAACCCUGGAGUUCACAAGACGGCGAACCCUGUGCUCACCCCAACUCACGCUUCUGCACUCCGGCUAAUCAGUGUCCCAUCAUCGACCCGCUGUGGGAAUCGCCUGAGGGAGUUCCAAUUGAGGCCAUCAUCUUUGGAGGGCGCAGGCCUGAGGGUGUGCCCCUGGUGUACGAGGCCUUCAGCUGGCAGCACGGGGUGUUUGUGGGAGCAUCCAUGAGGUCGGAGGCCACGGCUGCAGCCGAACACCAAGGUAAAGUAAUUAUGCACGACCCGUUCGCCAUGCGCCCCUUCUUCGGCUACAACUUCGGACAGUACCUCUCUCACUGGCUGAGCAUGGCGGACCGCCCUGGAGCCAAACUCCCCAAGAUCUUCCACGUCAACUGGUUCCGCAAGAGCCCCACCGCCGGCUUCCUCUGGCCCGGCUUUGGAGACAACAUCCGUGUUCUGGACUGGAUGUUCAGGCGGGUGGACGGCCGGGCCGGCGCCAUGCCCUCCACCGUGGGUUACCUGCCUUGCCGGGAGUCCCUGGACCUCCAGGGCCUCGAGGGUCAGGUGGACCUCGACGAGCUGUUCGCCCUGGAUCGGGGGUUCUGGCAGAGGGAGGUGGAGGAGGUGAGGGCCUACUUCACCACGCAGGUGAACCACGACCUGCCCAACGAGGUGGCGCAUCAGCUGGAGCUGCUGCAGCAGAGAGUGAGGCAGAUGUGAACGCCAGAGGACAGAGCUACUUCAAAGCUGCUAAUUCUACAGUGAUUCUGGAUCAGAGCUUUAACAUCUGAAACCUAGAAUAGAAUGUGAUUCUGAAGCAGAAUGUUCUAAAUGUUUUAAUGGAUUUAUCGGUCUUAUCUGAGCUUAUCUGGAUGAGAAACAACUCUCGUCUUUUUGUGAUCAUACUUAGUAGAAACGUCAGUGUCUGUGACAUUCAGCUGGAAACGUUGGGUCAAUUCUUGGUAACCGUGGCGACGGCCGUCUGGCUGGAACGUUUUCUUCACGUUCCAGCCAGACGAACCAACACAACGCCCGCUGAGCUGCUAACGGGCCGUUCCGUCCAUCCAGGCUCUGGUAGCAGGACAGCGUUUCAAUCUGUUUGUCCUUCGUCUAAUAUUUAAGUAUAACUUAUUAAUGCGCAUCACGCUCUCUCUGCCAUCUGGAGUUUAAUGGCAAGAGCGAAAGCGGUCCAGGUUAUUUCAGCCCCAGUGUUUCUUGUAUGUUUUCUGUUUCUGUCAGUGUUGAUGCCUUAAUUUAUUUUUAUACUAUAUUUUGGUUCAGUUUUGCUGUAAUCCUUUUCUUCCCACACAGGGAGGCUACAAAUAAACAUAUUUAAACAUCAA